AUGGCACCCAGCCAGAGCAAGACGACGAAUACGACCAAGCUCGCUGGCAUGGCCAAGGCAGUGCUGAAGAAACCUUCUUUCAAGAAGCCAGCAGCUUGCUUGAAGCCAGCAGCUUGCUUGGCCAUGGUGCCUUUCCAGGAGGAGGACGCCCAGCCGGUGGAGGACCAGCAGUUGGUGGAGGACCACCAGGAAGAGCCCCAUGUGGAAGAGGAGGAUGUGGACAAGAAGCCCAAGGUCGUCCUCAGCGAAGCUGCCCUCCAGGACCACAACCGCUUCGUCCAGGAAGCCCGGGAGCUCGGAGAUAAGGAGUUCGACGAGAACUUCAAGAAGCUGUCGGACUCAGCCAAGCAAGCUUUGUGGAAAAGAUUCGAGCAAUCCAGGAAGGAGCACAAGGUCCAGGACAGCUUCCUUCAGGCCACCCAAGGGUCGGGCCAGCUGACCAGAAAGCGAUCCUUGUUGAAAGGAUGGAUCAAAGACGGUGGAAAGCCGUCCAAGUUCUAUCGCCAAGCGACGGUGGGAUUCGAGUCCAGGCAAGACAAGAGCUUGGAAAACCGCUGGCUCAGCCACAAAGAAACGGUUGACAAGAUAGGAGAACGGGAGUUGAAACUCAGGGUCCAGAGCCAGACCAUCCAGCACCGCCGGAACCCAGAGGACUCCCGGUUCUUUCAGUUCAAGCUCACGGAGGAAAAGGACCAGACAACCACCUCCCGCAGGACCUCCUCCGUGGUGAAGGCCGAGAACUCAGCCGACCUCAAUGACUUCUUGGCUCUGGACUCCAGGCAGGACGUCCCCAUGCUGGAGGACUUCGCCCUCCACGAGGCAGAGGACGACGACAACGACAAUGAGCACGACGACCUCUUGGCCUCUGUGGGCUUGGACAAGCAGGAUGGCCGGGGCAAGGCCCAAGGUAGCAGUGGAGAGACCCAGAAGAAGCAGCCCAAGUCCACCAAGCAGCCCAAGCCCACCAAGUGGGAGACCGCCAGCCAAGUGACUGCUCAGACAACGAGGCAGCAGGUGGAGGACAAGGUGAAGCUUUUCCUCACCGAGCUGGCCAAGGAGUACGGUGUGCUGGAGGGCCUGAAGAAGCAGACCAGCAACUCCAGCCAUGUGAAGAGCCUGGCCAAGCAUGCCCAGAUCAUGGAGAAGUGCCGGAGCAGCCUCUCCAAGGCCAAGGGAGGAUCUGCUGAGAAGCUGAAACCCCUGCUCCUCGAGGCUGUGCGGGUGCUCCAAGAUGCCAAGAAGAUGAAGGCUGAGGUGACGAAGGCAAUUCGAAGUAGCUAG